AUGGUGAUGGAUAUGGAGAGGGAGGCCGUUGCAAUAGCUGAAGCGAUGAAAGGGCUGUUCGGAAUGGUGAGAGGGGAGUUGGUAGCAGUGAAGGGGGAGCUGGCAGCAGUCAAGGGAGAGUUGGAGGCAGUUAGGGAGGAGGUGGCCCGUCAGAAAGAACGAGUGCUGAUGCUGGAGGAGAAGAAUGCUGAUGCGGAGAACGAGGUGAAUGAGUUGAGGCGUGCACUGGGUGUCGUGGAAGAGAGGAGUGUGACGACUGCUGCUGUGGUGGAGGAGAAAGGGAGAGAGCUGGCAGCAGUGAAGGGAGAGCUGGUUGAAGUGAAGGGCGAGCUGACUGCAACGAAGAGGGAACUGACUGAACACAGGAGUGCUAUGGCAGAGCAAUGGAAGAAGAGAACACAAGAAAUGGAUGUGAGAGAGUAUUGUAAGGAGGCUGGAACAGGAGAAGCGGUUUUGGCUGAUGCUACCGCCCCACCGAAUGUUGAUAGCCCCAACCCCAACCCUCAGGCCCACCUGAGCAAGGAGGACGAGGCUUUCAAGAAGCACAUAUGCAGAGGAUACGGCGAUGCGUCGACAAAAAGGGCUGAUGAUUGCUGUUUCCGAAUACGCAUCCUGGGCACCAUUGGGGCCCGCAUUGGGUUCACGGCGCUUCGUGACAGGCUCACUGUCAGGACUGGCAAGGUCUGCCCGGAAUCGUUUGAGGAUCUCAAGAAGAGCAAAUUGGGUGGUGACAAGGUGAAGGAGGCGCUGGAGCUGGUGCGGGCUGGUCUGGAGGACGAGGCGUGGGGGCAGAAGCAGUACCCCAACAGCUGGAGCUCGUGGGUCAAGGAGUCUGAGGGCUUUAAGAAACGCCCUCGUGAACCGUAG